CGGUACGGUCUGAAUGGCUGUCUUCAAAGUCACUGGAGGACGUUUUCAUGCACAGAACACCAGGCAUGGCUGGGAAGCCUUUCCGGGCCACCUACAUCUGGGGCAGCAUCAUCUCCAAUCUCCACACUCAUGUGGAGGUCAAGCGCCGGCGCCACAACCUGAAAUCCUACCAUGACUGCUUCCUAGGUUCUGAGGCCGUGGAUGUGGUGUUGGCACACAUCACCCUGAACCAUUUCUUUGGUGAUGACGCAGUGCCUCGCUACAAGGCUGUACGUCUCUGUCAGGCCCUGAUGGACUCAAGGGUUUUUGAGCCGGUGGGCAUUAAAGUAUUUGGGAAGGAAAAGAAGCGGGCCACAUUUGAAGACAGCAGUUGUAGUUUGUACAGAUUCCUGAGCCCAGCAACCAGCCCCUCACCGCUGAACAACACCAAAUCCCACUCCACUAGUACCAUCGAGAGCGGCUAUGACUCACCAAGCAUGAAUAGGAAUAAGAACAACUAUAGUCCAUCACAUGAAAGACAAGAGGUGCUGAGCUACUCCACCCACUCCCCUGUAAAAACAGACAAAUCACUGGAGGACGUGCUGGGAAAUCUCAACCUGAGUUCGACCAUCACCCCUCAGAUGAUCAACCUCGGCCUCUCACAAGAGCUUGUGGAAGAGGUGUGGCACCAGCAGGCAGUGUUCAGGCUACUGCAGCUGAUAGAGCUACCUUUGUUGGAGAACUUGUUGGAGGUAAAAGACGCCUCACGGCCUCCCUUGCACAGCAUGGACAGUGACCCGGACCUUUUGUAUACGUCAAGCUACCUAGACAGAGAAGUUCUUAAGGCCUUCAGUGAAGCACAGGCUGAUGAGUGGAUGUCUGGAGCAGUGGACUGUUUGGAGUUUCUGCCUGAUGAACUAGUUGUGGAAGUCAGUCGAGGUUUGGCUGGCUGCGCUGACGAUGUGCUCCAGUGUAAGAAGCUGAUGUAUGGAAUCCUGACUCAGCAUUAUAGACAAACAGAACAGCCACCUCUGCUCAGCAACCACUUCUUUGACAUCCACUCUGGCAUUUCAGAGCUACUCGUUAACGGGAAGCACGAGCAAGCACUGGAGUCUCUGCAGCUGAGCCUGAAGCUGCAAGACUCUCGCAGCAGGGAGGAGCUGCGCAGGCUCCUGAGAUUCAUGGCCAUUGCUGCCAAUCCACAGGAGGUCAAACUGCACACAGAGAUAGAGAACCGAAUGGCAGUGAAAAGGUCUUUCUCAAGCGCCAUCAUCUACAGUAGAAGACUCUCCAAAGGAAAAGUGGACUUGAUGGUUCUAUUUAUGAUGGAUAAACACUGUGAUCUGUUCAAAAUUCCUGUUUCAUUGCACAAAAUGGUCAGUGACAGAAUAAUGAUUAUCGUGAAAGGGAAGGAUCCAGAUACAAUAACAGGAUCCACAUACUGCACAAGAGUGAGUGCUAGCGCUUACUCAGAAAAUGCACAAAAAACAACAAAGGAAGAACUUUGGUCCUUGCUCCGGAGAAUCCACGAGAACCCGAAACUCUCCAGCAAAGAAAAGCGACGACUUCUGGGACAGUUUUAUAAAGGCCAUCCUGAGAUUUUUGUUCAGUACUUUGGAAAUCGAUUGUCUAGUGUCAACACAUUGCUACACUGAUAUUUAUCAUCUCAACAAAUGUGUCUAUAAUAAUGUAAAAAGAGUUAGAUAUGAGAACAAAACCUAAUAAGAUGCAAAUGAUGCAAAGCUGUGCAGCAUAAGUGGAUUUGAUCUGCUUAUAUGUAAAUAGUUUAGACUA